AUGAUUUCUCGAAGCCUCGAGAUCAAUCAAGCCAAAUUUUGCUCCAGGUCGCCACCACCACAAGCAGCUGCCGCCCUUGUGGAUCAGAGGAUUGCCACUAUGCAAAUCCUGCUCUCCAAGGCAGCGCUCCGAGACGAGAAUCUUGCUGGAUUUCGGAACUGCUCCAUGGACGGCGUUUGUUUCGUACAACAAAUUGUGUAUAUUCUUCGGGUUGCCUGCAAUCAACCACCAGAGAAUCAAAUGGUUGAAGGCAUAAAAGUCUGUGAACUCAUCAAUCUUUCCCUAAUUAUCCUCCAUUGCUUAUGUCGUGACAGAGAGUUAUUAGAAACGAUAGUUUACUACCUCCUACAUUUGGAAAAUAUGAAAGUAAGAGAAUGUGAUGUGCUGCUUCCUUUCUACGUUCUUCAUGAGGCACAUGAAGAAAUCAUUAAAAAGACCGCAAUCUCUCUUAUCGAGGCGACUGUUUGCCAUCCCAAGAUGGCAGCAUUGUUUAGUCAAAACCAUAGCCUGAUAAAUGGGUUACAACAGUUCGCCAGAAGAAAUCUUGCCAAGGAGUCGUUGAAAACGAUAAUGCUUGGUGAAACAAUGUCACGAAAUCCUCCAUCAUCGUACAUGAAAACGAAAGAAAAGUCAAACAUUUUGUCAUCGUUGGAGGUAUCAACGUCGUCUACAGCUCUACCGUCGGUUAUGCCUAGCCCAGUGCAGAGUAUAGAAUUAGGCUGUGAAUCUUCUAUGUGGCCAGAAUCAGUGGAAGGUGCCGGCGAGCAAAUUCUCGAGGAUUUCGCUGUUACUGAUAAUGAUCCAUUCGUGAACGUCUUCUGUCCAUCAGUAAUGCCGCAGAACUCGCCGCCAUUCUCACGUAUCUUCACAGUUCCCUUAAUUUCUUUUCUAGCAAAUGUCAAUCACUCUGACAUGAAUGACAAAAGAUUGGGCACCUUCAGUGAGGAUGCGAUGCAAAUCAACAGCCCUCAAGGCGCAUGGGAUUCCCCGAACUCGUUGCACUAUUCGGAAUGUGGUGGUUAUCUACCACCUCCGCACAUAACUCCUCACGAUCCUCAUCAUUCCCAUCAAAUGGUUGGUGAAGGUAUGUCAUCUCAAAUUGGAGCAUAUCCUCAUUCGCAUCAACCACCACCGCCAUAUUAUGCCACAGAACUAUGGCAUCCAAACAUAUCAAAUCAACAUUCAAAUAUAGGAAUGCAUUCUAUGCAUAAUUAUUACGCACCUCAAAAUCACUCAUAUCCAUCGAAUGUCGAUUACGCCCAACGUUACGAUGACUACCAUCGCCACUACGGUCGAUUUCACUAG